AUGUGGCCAAACAGUAUCUUGGUCCUCACAGUGCUCCUCAUUUCCUCUACUCUGGUAACUGGAGAUGGAGUCAAAGGCGAGAAAGAAGGCAUUUGCCCAGCAGACAUUGUCCGCUGUAUCAGGACAGAGGAUCCCCUGUGUAACAAUGACAGGGACUGUAAAGGUCAGCAGAAAUGCUGCUACUGGCGCUGUGGCUUCAAAUGUGUGCAGCCCGUGAAAGACAACGAACAAUGGACCCCUCAGGGAUGAGGUGUGAUACCUCAUACAAAAGGCCUCAGAGGACUGUUCCCCCUUCCACUGUGUAAGGACACAGCAAGAUGGUACAAAGACCAGCAACCAGGCCUUUCCAGAUACUGAAUCCCAGGGCAUCUUGAUCUUGGACUUCCCAGCCUCCAGAACUCUGAGAA